CUGAACACAACAAUAAAGGCAAAAAAGAGAGCAACGAAAAGGAGCUGCGAAAGAGAAUCAACAAACAACGGAUAAAGCUGAGGCAGCAAAAAAGAAAGGAAAACAAAACACAAAAGCAAUAACAACCACCAAAAAAAUCGGCAAAUGCUUAUAUUUUAAAAAAGCGAUUAGAUAAAAAAUAAUUUUUAACAAUUAUACAAAGGCACUACAAAGAACAAAUUCAAAAAUUACAAAAAAAAAUUAUAAAAAAUGCAAAUCGGACGAUCUUCAAUAAAACAUCAGAAGAAUUGAAGAGAAUUGUACAAUCAAUAAAAACCAAGGAUCAGCAGAUGAAUUUUAAAAAGAUCUCCAAGCUAUUAAAAAAAUAACAAAAUAAUUAUUUAAAAACAUUACAAGAAUUCAGAAAAUUUAAAAAUCUAUUAAAAAAAAACACCUAAAAAUGUGCAAAUAAAUUUAAAAAAAAUUAUACGAAUAAAAUAUAAGUACUACCUCCCAAGGCAUUGCAUUUUAAAAUAAAACAAAGAGUUAAAACAAAAGAUCGCGAGGAAUAGUAACUGGGAUCUCCUUUAAAAAACGGCCUUAAGAUCGCUGAAAUAAAGGCGAUACCCGCAUAUCCCUACGCGAUAUACCAGCCGCAGGAGUUGAACCCGGACCCCGAAUUCGAGAUGGUGUACUCCACGAACAUACUGCUGGCGAUCGUGACAAUACUGACUGGUGUCUUCAUAUGGUCCCGCCGCACCUACGUCUAUUGGCAGCGCCGCCGGGUGAAGUUCGUCCAGCCCACCCACCUGUUGGGCAACCUGACCCGCGUCCUCCGCCUGGAGGAGUCCUUCGCCCUCCAGCUGCGCCGCUUCUACUUCGACGAGCGGUUCCGCAACGAGCCCGUCGUGGGCAUCUACCUGUUCCACCAGCCCGCCCUCCUCAUCCGCGACCUGCAGCUGGUCCGCACCGUUCUCGUCGAGGAUUUCGUCAGCUUCUCGAACCGAUUCGCCAAGUGCGAUGGGCGCAGCGAUAAGAUGGGCGCCCUGUCGCUAUUUUUGGCCAAACAGCCCGAGUGGCGCGAGAUCCGCACCCGUUUAGCGCCCGCCUUCGCCGGGGCCAAGCUGAAACAGAUGUUCUCGCUGAUGGAGGAGAUCGGCUGCGACUUGGACUGGUAUCUGAAGCGUCUUACCCGAGAUUUACGGCGCGGCGACGCCGAACGCGGGGCCAUUGUGAGCAUCAAGGAUGUGUGUGAUCUCUACAACACCGACAUGAUAGCCAGCAUCGCCUUCGGCCUGAGAUCCUACAGCCUAAGGAAUACGCAAUCGGAGAUCGGUUCACAUUGUCAGGACCUGUUCCGGCCGAAUGUCCGUCGAAUAAUCGACUUGUUUGUGAUCUUUUACCUGCCCAAACUGGUGCCGCUGCUGCGGCCCAAACUUUUCACGGAGCCGCACGCGGAAUUCCUGCGCCGGGUCAUCCAGCUGGUGAUCGAGGAGCGGGAACGCGGCGGCGAUCUGCGCAACGAUCUCAUCGAGAUGCUGCUGACGCUCAAGAAGGAGGCGGAUCUGCAGCAGGACAAGUCGCAUUUCACGCACCAUCGCGACUUCUUGGCCGCCCAGGCGGCCUCCUUUGAGGUCGCCGGCAUCGAGACCUGUUCGGCGAGCAUGUCCUUUGCCCUCUACGAGUUGGCCAAGCAGCCGCUAAUGCAGUCCCGCCUGCGUCGCGAAAUCCGCGAGGCCUUUGCGGACGAUCCCAACGGGAAGCUCACCUUCGAAGCCAUCUCCCGGAUGCAGUUCCUUGACAUGGUCGUUGAGGAGACGCUGCGCAAGUAUCCGAUCGUACCGCUUCUGGAGCGCGAGUGCACGCCGAUCAACAAGAAGCGCUUCUACUCGCUGAGGCCGCACGCCGAGUGCUACGCCCGCCGCGGGAUGCCCGUGUUCAUAUCCAACCUGGCCAUACAUCACGAUCCCAAGUACUGGCCGGAUCCGGAGCGCUUCGACCCGGAACGCUUCAGUGCCGCGAACAAGGUGCUGCAGGCGCCCAUGUCCUACCUGCCCUUUGGGGCCGGGCCGCACAACUGCAUUGGGAUGCAGAUAGGACUGUUGCAGAUAAAGCUGGGCCUAGUCUACUUUCUGCACCGCCACCGCGUCGAGAUCUGCGACCGCACCGUGGAGCGGAUUCAGUUCGACGCCAAGUUCGCGCUGCUGGCCAGCGAACAACGCAUUUACCUCAAGGUCGACCGCUUAUAGCCGCCGACCCCAUGCGCCCAUCCGCCCAUCCGAUAUCAGCAGCAUUAUUUUAUGGGUUUUCUGGGGCGGGAGCAGGGCCCCCAUCGUCAUCUCUUUGUAAAUACUUCGGCCUGCCUCAAAUAAACUUUGCUACGAUCAUUUUUUUUUCUAAAUACCAACUCAGUUGUCUGUUAAUCUUAGUGGAAAAUUGGAUAUGGAAAGGUUUUAUGCUUUGUAACAUUUAUAAACCUAUUUAUAUUGC